AUGUGGUCCCUGUGGCUCUGCUUGGCACUCUGGGUGAUGCCACUAGUGGGCCCUGGGGAGGCCUUGACUGAGGAACAGGUCCUGGACAGCCUGCUGCAGCAGCUGCAGCUCAGCGAGGCACCCACCAUGGACAGGGCCGAUGUGGAGGAGCUGACCAUGCCUCCUGAUGUGCAGGCCCAGUAUGUAUCCCUGAUGCAGCGUAGCCAUGGGGACCGCUCCCGUGAGAAGAGAUUCAGCCAGAGCUUCCGAGAGAUGGUGGGCAAGUUCUUGGUGUCCGAGGCCUCCACGCAGCUGCUGGUGUUUGGCAUGGAGGGACGACUGCCACCCAACAGCGAACUGGUGCAGGCUGUACUGCGGAUCUUCCAGGAGCCUGUCCCCAGGGCCACGCUCCGCAAGCAAGAGAAGCCGUCCACGCGUGGCCACCGGGCCCGGAUCACCAUUGAGUGGCUGCGUGUGCGCGACAAUGGCUCUAACCGCACCUCCCUCAUAGACUCCAGGCUGGUGUCCAUCCACAAGGGCGGCUGGAAGACCUUUGAUGUGACCGAGGCUGUGAACUUCUGGCAGCAGCUGAGACGGCCCCGGCAGCCCCUGAUGCUGAAGGUGUCCGUGCUGAGGGAGCAUCUGGGCCCCGGGGCCUCGGACGCCCACAAGUUGGUCCGCUUCUCCGCGCAGGGGGCACAGGGCGCUGAGCAGAGGGAGCCUCAGCUGGAGUUGCACACGCUGGACCUCAAGGACUAUGGAGCUCAAGGCAAUUGUGACCCUGAGGCACCAGUGACCGAGGGUACCCGCUGCUGCCGCAGGCAGGCAUACUUGGACCUUGAGAAGACGAAGUGGGCUGACAACUGGGUCGUGGAGCCCCCUGGCUUCUUGGUCUAUGAGUGUGCAGGCAGCUGUCUGCAGCUCCCAGAGCGCCUGGCCAACAAGUGGCCAUUUCUCGGACCAAGACAGUGCAUCGCCUCAGAAACAACCUCACUGCCCGUGAUUGUGAACGUCAAAGAAGGAAGCAGGACCAGGCUCCAGGUGGUCAGCCUGCCCAACAUGAGGGUGCAGGAGUGCAGCUGUGUCUCAGAUGGGGCUCCUGUAUCAAGGGGCCUCCAGCCAUAGGCUCUUGAGUAUAGCAGUAUAGCCACUUGAGGCCUCUGCAGAAGCAGGUCUUAACGUAGAUCUUAAUUUUACACUUAGCAAUCUACCCUUGUCCCAGUUUAGUGCCUCCAUGUUAUCUUUGCCCUGUGUUCUUCCAGUUCCUGUCCUUCUUGUCUAUCACCCAUCCUAAGCACUUACAUGAAUAAAUAAUGCAGUUCCAGAUGCUGUAUUCCAGUAGGAGACCCUGGCCUACUUAGUAGAGGAUGUGGCUGAGCAAUGAACAGAUUGUCAGCUCAAAGUUUCUAUUCCCUGGAAAAUUCUCAACUGAGUAGGGAAUAAACCCUAUAAUGAGAGCUGGGGAAAUAGAACUGAUUUACUCUAAAAUACCUGAUGAAUUAGAACAACUUAAAAAUCCCUGUUUCUCCUGCACAAGGAGGUAGCUGAAAAACAACUCCUUUUCCCCUAAAUACUGACCUAUUUUUGUAAAGGUACCUAGGUCCCUGUUUCCCUGAGAGGGUGAUGAAGGAGGUAGGAUGAAGGGUUUCAGGCAAGGGGCUGUAGACAGGGAAUUAGGACCCCUGAUUUUUGAUUCUGAUGGGGCUACAAGCUGGGACCUCCAGCAAAUGCAGAAGACUUUGGGUUCCUGUGUCCUCUUAAAGAGGAGGAGUGGGCUUCAGCUCUCAGACUUCUUUGCCCCAGGGAUCUGACAGUCCCUCACACUAUCUUCUACUCCACAGACAUUGCCUGUGUGUAUUUAGGUGAUCCCUCACUGUUUUAGAGAACUUAUCACCAGAGACCACAUGUAUUUACAUAUUGCUGUUCUUAUAUUUAGCAAAACCAAUUAAAUGUAGAUAAUAUGAAGAAAUAAAAUGA